UUAAACUCCUAGCCAAACAUUAGUAUAGUGAAAUUGUACAAUAAAAAUUCCAACCAAACCACAAGUCUUCCGGAUAGCCCAAAAGCAGUAAAUCUGAAACCCGUCGCAUGUGAAAUUGUGUUUCUUCCCUAGAUUUCUUCUUCAUCUUGUAACCCUAAUCAAAGCAAACAGAGGGGAAAAAGCUAAAGAUGGGACAAAAGGCUAAGAUUUUCAAAUCAGCACUUCAAAUUAUGGCCUUCUGUAUUCUUGCAUCUAAAGGCUGCUCUUUUAUUGGAACUUUGCUUGCUUCAUUAAAAAAGAAGAAGACAUUACUACUUCUCAAUCAAAUUCUCAAAGAAAAGAGACUUGUGAAGCCGUCAAAGAGUAUAAUUGAAGAGAAGAUAGUUUUGAAGCCGUCAAAGAAUAUUAUUGAAGAGAAGAUAGUUGAGGUGAAGCCGUCAAAGAGUAUAAAUCAUAAGGAUGUUGAUCGGGCGAUGAAAAUUCACUUCCCAGAGGAAAUAAUUGUGGAUAUCCUCAGCAGGUUACCUGUGCGGUCUCUUCUUCGAUUCAAAUGUGCUUCAAAAUUUUGGAAGUCGUUAAUCUCUGAACCUCACUUUAAGACGAAGCAUUGGAAUCAUGCCAAGAAUAACAAAAAAUUUCAAAAACUUCUUAUUGGGCGAAUGUUCCCUACCGCUUAUGAUAAGCGGGUUGGUACGAUUUCGUAUUAUUGUUCUUCUUUAUCAUCAGCUCAACUGGUUGAGGGUGUACAAAAGCUUGGUUGCCCUUCAAAUGAUAAACCGUGCGGUUACAUAAUGUUAUGCUGUUGCGAUGGCUUGUCUCUUCUUUGGUCUCAUGGUGACCAUUUAUUGUGGAACCCGUCCACAAAUGAAUCAGCAGUACUUCCUAAUCCCGAAUUUCCACCAGUAUCCGGUAGCACUUACGGAAUGGGAUAUGACUCAACUAUUGAUGACUAUAAGAUUUUUAAGAUUGAUGACAACAUGGGUUAUGGUUCCAACCCACCCAGUAAAAUCCUUGCACUAAAGAGUGGUUCUUGGAGAAAAAUUGAUAACCAUCCUCGUGGCUUUCGCAAUAGUGUUUCUGGUAAGGACUCUUUGGCAUUUAUUCAUGGCGCAUUUCAUUGGAUAAGUAUGGAUAUUUUAUGAGUAUUUUAUGGUUUCAUUUAACAUAUCAAAUGAGGUGUACGGAGAGAUACCGUUGCCGGAGGGAAUUUGUAAUAUUUCCAACGCGGUUAUACAUGGCGUUUCAGUAUUAGAUGGAAUGCUUUGUGCUUAUUGUACUUACAGAAAUGCAGAGGCGGGCACUUUUAAGUUUUGGGUAAUGAAAGAUUAUGGUGUCAAUGAAUCUUGGACUGAAUUAUUUACUAUGCGAGGGACGCUUCUUUGUUUAGCCAUACCGAUGUAUAGGUUUGCGGAUGGUGAAGUGCUAUUCUACUACGAAGAUGGUGGAUAUCUCGGGUUUAAGACAUCCAAAGGACCAUUUGGAUUGUUGCCUGCAUAUCUUACCCUCCAACAAGGAUUCAUUUAUACAGAAAGUUUGAUCUCUCCAAAAUUACUUACUUAGUAUUUGCUUAUGUUUGAUUGAAGCCACAACCUCUUAUUCUUUUAAGUUUAUUAGCUUGCUAGUUUUUGGCUUCAAAAUGUAUUUGCCAAUGUUGUUGGCUUUGCUUAUUUCAUGCUCUCAGAGAGGCGACAUGACUUAUUUCUAUACUAUGAAAGAAGUAGUUGAACCCUCCCUCUCUUUUACCUAUUGUUGCUUCUCUAGUUAUA